UCCUGCUUUUAUUUAACCCUUUUCUCACUAUAUUAAUUUUAUAAAGAACUGGGUUUUUAAUAAGUCCUUGUGUGUUAUAUCGAUACAAUGGCUAGUUCAGAGCAGGACGAGGCCCUCCAGUAUUUAUUGAGUAAGCUUCAGAGUGAUGACGGGUGGUCCUGCGCUAAUCUGGCCUGGAAUAAGGACAGGCUAACAGUCAUUGCUGAUCAGUUUUCUAAUUUUGAUGGAGGAGUGAAGAGCAAGCUCCUCCUCUCAUUCCUUGCAAUGUCUCCUCGUGUCAUUGCCAGCUGUAGGGACGAGAUGUUUAAACUCCUCAGGCUAGCUCGACGUGACAGUGAUGAGUGGGUGCGGUUAUUAGCAUCAGUCCUUGGUUCCUUUCCAUCUGAUCAGCUCAUCACAUUGGAUGAUGACUCCACAGCUAGUGAUAUACUAACAGAGCUGUCGGACACUAUCUCUUCUGUUAAUGGUUCCUAUUCUUGUCCUCAAGAGUUGUCUUAUCUAAGUUCAACUGUUCUUAAUGAAUAUAUUAAUUACAGUCCAACUAAUAGUAAUCAUUUCAAUUUGAGACAAAGACCAAAAACAUCUUCUCAAUUAAGAACUGACGUACUUCACAGAGCUGAGAUUGAUUAUGCUCAAGCUGGUUCAUUAAUUCGUGAUAGAAUGCUCCAGAGACAGCCAUCAACUGGUUCCAAAUCAUUCGUCUCAUUGCCCCAGAGACUCUCCUCAUCUGUUCCCAUUAAAACUGGACUAAUGCAGAGGAGGCACAGGCAGAAAGGAACUAAAUUAUUGGAAAUUGAUGAAGUACCUUUGGCUGGUCGCAGGAAAAGAAAAUCAAGUGUGCUUGAUGUUGAUACUCCGACUAACAAGAAACUGGCCACACCCACUGGAGCUAGUCCACUUGUUGCUAUGGCAACACCUCCAUUAGCGGAGGCCACGCCCACAGAGGGUGGGGCUCCUACCCCAGACUAUGCUGCAGCCCUGACCAAUGAUGAUAGCUCAAUACAGCCACACCUCUCCUCUUAUAGCGGAGGGUUCUUCCCUAGCACUCCUCUAUCAGCAAAGUCUCUCUCCUCUCCUUUGAAAUCACCCGACAAACCUAAAAUUAAACCCGUUAGUGUUUCCAUGGCAACUGUUGCUAAGACGCCAGCAAGUGCUGAGUCAUCAUUUUCAGCUGAAGUGAUUCAGUCGAUACUAACCAACACUAGCAUACAGACCACACCUACUGAGCCACACCCCUCAACUACCACUCAACAGCAAAGCCUCCUUGAGGAGAGACAGAGACUCUUACAGCAAAUGACCACACCCACUCAAACCACUAACCCUAUUGCGCAACCCGUUGCUAAGCAACCAACAAAUCGUCUUAAAUUGAGCCGACAGCAAUUAGCGGUGGCCCAGGAGAUAUUUAGGGAGGCUCCUCACUUGAACAAGCAGCAGAAGGCACUGAUACUAGCCUUCAUGGCUGGAUCAAGAGACAAUCCUCUCCCUGGUCAUGAUGUUAUAUCAUUAAAACUGAAUCAGCGCCAGCAGCAGGAGUUCACCACCAGCAGUGAAGGAGAGAAGACCCUCCGGACAGUACAACUGGAAACGAUAUUUGAGAUGAACUACAACACAGGACAAUGGAGGAAGCUUCAAGUUAAGAGACCGUUGACAUCUUAGUGAUAGUCCAUGCUGUUUGUUAUAAAUUAUCAUGAAAGAAAUCAAAUAAUGACACACCAACAACUAGUGUUUAAGAAAUGAUAGCACCAUUACUAAUUCAUUCCAUGGUGCCAUUGUUUUAAGAAGUCAA